AAUAGCCUCAAAAAUGAUCCCUUCGAGACAAAAAUACCCUUUGGUGCAUUUUCCCUCCAACCCACCCCUUACUCUGUCUGCCCAUUUCUAACUCCCUAUCUCUUCUCUCUCUCGUUGUCUGUUCUCUUUUCACUUUCUUUCUUUUUUCCACUCACUCUUCUUUCUCUGCUGCAACCAUUCGCUUGAUUUUUCGCCCCAAACACUAGAUACUCGUCUCCCCAUUUCGCUGCUUCUUUCCUUCAAGGCCGCUCUAGUCUAGUCCUUGCCCUUGUCCAUGUGGAGCCGCUGCUGUUGAUGGAUUGCUUCCAAUCCAAAACCGCCCACCUCCACUCCCCUGACGAUCCCUCCUCCACCCCUGAACCCGCCACCAAGCCCGGUUCACGUCUCUAUCAUUACUCUAUCUCCGCAUUUUCAUCUUUUUUUGGCUUUGAUAAUGAUCCUAUUUUGAAAUGAUUUGUGGGCAACGGCUUCAGCAGCGAGAAAGCUCCUAGUGUUGUUUACUACCAGUCUUGGCCUGAAGCUCAACAGUUUGUGGAGAAGAAGAACAAAAUACCAUUUUUAGUUAGGAUGACUGAUUAAAAGGAACAAAAUUCCCUUAAAAUUGCAAAAUUCCCUCAUCCAACCAUAACUUGAACAUUUUAAGCAGAGGAAAUUUGAAGAGAAUCAGUGUAAAAAUUGAAGAAACGUGAUGAAGCGGAGGAAACCAGAAUUAUCAGGACAAUGAAAAAGGAAUGAGAAAGGGGAAGAAAGAACAAGGGAGGGAAAAAUGAGUUGCAAGGGGUAUUUUUGUCCGAGAGGAGUCAGUCGGGAAUGAAAAGGUAGAAAGUGGCAUAAAUGAUAACAAAGGAACAUUUGAAGGUCAUUUUGGGGAGAACACAACCUCCACACGUGUGCGUCUUCUUCAACAAGUUUUCUCUCGAACUCGCACAAACCCCACAAACACUCUCUCCUCUCUCUCAGGUCAGCGAAGAACAGUAACUAGGGUUUCGCAUCUGAUUUCACCGAUUUCGGAGCAUUGUCAUUUUAAUUGAAAAAAUGGAGUUGAGUAACAUCAAAGAUGCAUUUGAUCGUGUUGCCAAGAAGCAAAAAUUAUCAUCAUCCAAAUCCCAAGAAGUAAUUGACCAAGUUGGCCGUGAAAUUGAAGAUGCACUGGCAAAACUCCAGGCUGACCCUGCCUCUCCUGUGGAUCAGAAAUCCAUCCUCAUGGAGCUUAAAACCAAACUUAGCAUAAUUGGCUCACAAAGCCAGUUGGAAGGGUCACAGAAGGAGCUCAACAUGAACCUUAGCAAGUACCCCAGACUCCUUGAGAAAUCCUUCAAUCCUGACAUAUCUAAGGCAUACAGAAAUGUUGACUUUGAUUUCCAUACAGUGAAUCAGAUCAUUGCAAGCCAUUUUUACCGACAAGGAUUGUUUGAUAUUGGGGAGUGCUUGAUAAAUGAGGCUGGAGAACCAGAGGACACCGCCCUAAAAUCUCAAUUUCUGGAAAUGUUUCAAAUACUUGAUGCUAUGAAAGCUAGGGACCUCGAGCCUGCUCUGAACUGGGUGUCCAAUAAUCGGGAAAAACUAAAGCAGAAUGGUUCAAAUCUUGAGCUGAAGCUUCACAGGCUGCAGUUUGUGGAAAUUUUGCAGAAAGGAGGGCGAGCUGAUGCACUCAACUACGCUAGAACUUACCUUGCUCCUUUUGCAUCACUUCACAUGGAUGAGAUCCAGAAGCUUAUGGCUUGCCUCUUAUGGGUAGGAAGGCUUGACAGCUCCCCAUAUUCCGAGUUAAUGGUUCCAUCCCUUUGGGAGAAAUUGGCUGAGGAGCUGACCCGCCAAUUCUGCAGUCUCUUGGGGCAGUCUUAUGAGAGUCCAUUGAGUGUGGCAAUAGCUGCUGGGAUUGAAGGCUUGCCUACUCUCUUGAAGCUGGCAAAUGUAAUGGCUGCAAAGAAGCAGGAGUGGCAGGCAAUGAAACAGUUGCCAGUACCAGUGGAUUUGGGUAGGGAAUUCCAGUUCCACUCUAUAUUCGUCUGCCCAGUGAGUAGAGAUCAAGGCAGUGAAGAGAACCCACCUAUGCUGAUGCCGUGCGGCCAUGUUCUCUGUAAGCAAUCAAUCAUGAAGCUGUCCAAGAGCAGCACCCGCAUGUUUAAGUGUCCAUACUGUCCGAAUGAGUCUACUGUUGGGCAGUGCAUGCAACUCUACUUCUGAUUCCAGUGCCCUUUCUGGGCUCUCUCGCUUUCUCUUACUCUCUCUCAUGGACUCCCAAAAUAUGUUCUGGCAGGUGUGUUGGUGGUGCUAGUUGUCUGGGUGUACUGGUAAGCGUGGAUUUUACUCGUAUGUAAAUAGAAAUUCGUUCUAAAUUCAUGUUCUAAUUCUUCAAGUACAAUUCCGUUUCAUAAAAACUAAACUUGUUUCCCCAUGAAA